GAUUAUGGAUUAAAAUAAAACCCUAAAAAAGCAAAAAUUUUCAUUUAUUUGAAGUCUCCAAUGGCAUCCAGUAUCCACAACCAAGUCUUAUCUCAUCAUAAUCUCAGAACUUCAAGUGUUUCCGGCGAUCCGUCUUUUAAGUUACUGCAGUCGAAGGUGUCGCCGCGUGGAAGAAGAAUCGCCGUAUGAGAGGGAGAGGGAGAGGGCUGUUGCUAUUGCUACUCUAUUCUUAUUCCUUCUUCAAUUUAAUUAGGGUUUUAUUCAAUUAAGGGCAAUCUGGACAUUUUGCCUCCCGUCUCUCCCAAAUAUCCAAUCCAUUUUUGAUCCUAUUUUUGGAGCCGCCUCACCCUAAACUCCGAAUCCCCUCUGUCUCCACAAAUACCAUUUUUCAUUUUUUUUUUUUUGUUUCUUUCUUGCUAUUUAAUCGAAAUUUAUCUUUCUAGGUUGUUUGUUUUUGUAUUCCCUUGCUUUGAUCCAAAGUGAACUUCCUGCCUGCUGUUGGAAAUAGUGGUGAACUCCAUUUUUGAGAGCUUCGCAAUUUUCAUCCAGAGAACUGACUCACGUUUGAGAUAAUCGAGACCGCCAUUACAGAAUGUGGAGGUCGCUUGUGGCGGUGAGAGCUUCUCUAUUCAGAGCUUCUCGUAGCGUAAUCCGAUGUUCAGACGUGCCCUUAUCCGGCUCUGCAGCUCAAUUGCAACCGUCGGUUGUGGUUCCUGGAUCCUGUUUCUUCAGAAACCCUAGGUAUUUUUCUCAACGUUAUUCAAGUUCUUUUGAUUCUGAGCCGUCCAUAGAGGAUCUUAAUUCGAUUUCAGUGGUUUCGGUGAAUUUUGGUGAAGGUGGUGAUGCGCAGCUUGAAAGCUGUGUAGGUAAUGAGGAAGUUCAUGAGUUUGAUGGGGAGUCUGUGGGUGCUGAUGUGGGAAAUAGUGAUCUCUUGGGGGAAAAUGUUGUAGUUUCUGAUGGGAUUCGGGAGGAAGUGGAGAGUUAUGGGGUCAAUGUGGAGCAGUUAGAAAGUGUGUUGUCUCUACUUCAGAGUACUCUUGAUGGGUCCUUUGAAUCAAGUCUCGAAGAAAUGAGAUUGACUCUUCAUGAGGAUUUUGUUCUGAAAGUGAUUGAAACCCCACAUAUUCUUGGUGAGAAUUUGAUUCGGUUUUUCCGCUGGGCUGUGAAUAGUCAUCCCGAGUUUGAAGUAUCUACUCCUGUUGUAGAUGUUCUUGUUCGUGUAGUUUGUGCAGAUCUACGGCAAAGAGCCGCUUAUUCUCUGUGGGAAUUAAUUAAAGAAAUUGGUGGACAGCAGAAUAGUUUGUUGAAUGCCGAGAUUCUUAAUCAGUUGAUAGCAUUUUUUUCAAAGUUGGGAAAAGGAAAAGCUGCUUUGGAAGUGCUCGACAGUUUUGAAGUUUUGGGCUGUGUUCCUAAUGCUGAAUCUUACUAUUUUACAGUAGAAGCGCUUUGCAGGCGCUCUUCUUACGAUUUGGCUUGGCCAGUUUGCGAGAAAAUGCUUGAUUCUGGAAGCUUGCCAGAAAGUAAUAGAGUUGGUAAGAUAAUAUCAUUGUUUUGCAGAGGAAACAAGGCAAAAAACGCCCAUUCAGUUUACUUACUGGCAAAGGAAAAGCAUCUGAACCUACCUCAGUGUUCUAUGAAUAUCUUGAUUUAUUCUCUCUGUCGGGAUGAUGAAACUGUCAAAUUGGCUCUGGAAAUGUUGAAUGAUUUCUCAACAGGGGAACGGAAGCGUGCCAUUAAGCCGUACAUGGCGGUCAUCCGUAGUUUGUGCAGGAUCAAAGAUACCAGCAAAGCUAAGACUUUACUUCAAAAGAUGAUUGCUGAAGGACCACCUCCAGGAAAUGCAGCUUUCAAUGAUGUCAUUAGUGGAUAUUCCAAAGCUGGUGAUUUAGGGGAGGCAAUGGAACUUAUAAAACUGAUGGAGAGUAGAGGGUUAAAGCCGGAUGUUUAUAGUUACACUGUUGUUAUUAGCGGUUAUGCAAAUGGUGGUCAAAUGAAGGAGGCUUACGAAGUCUUGGAUGAGGCAAAGAAGAAACACGCUAAGUUAUGUCGUGUAACCUACCACACCCUCAUCCGAAGUCACUGCAAACUUGAAGAGUACGACUCGGCCUUGAAAUUACUAAGUGAGAUGAAAGACUUUGGAUUACAACCAAAUGCAGACGAGUACAACAAGUUGAUCCAAUCACUUUGCUUGAAGGCUCUUGAUUGGAGAACAUCAGAGAGAUUGUUUGAAGAAAUGAAGGAAAAUGGUUUGCAUCUUAACGGUCAUACGAAGGGUCUUAUACGAGCAGUCCGGGAACUGGAAGAAGAAGAAUUGACUACUGAAGAAUUGAGCAUUGCAACUUAGGCGCAACUGAACGGAAGGCCUCUUCCAGUCUCUCACUCGUGAGUUGUACUUAUUUUUUGGUGGGUGACAUUAGAUGUGGUUGCUAAUAAUGUUUGUUGUCUUGUUCUAUUCUAUUUCUGGUUAUGUCAAAGAAAUUUUGUUUUCAGAAGGAAAACCCAACCCCACAAUUCUCUCCUUAGACAUGAGAUAGUUCUUGAGUUUGAAGCUAAUUCUAGUUCUUGAAUAAUCUUCUUGUAAAGAGAUGAAACCUCAUUAUGUUGAGCAAGGAAUAGUUAUUGAGAAUGGCCAGGUUGAUAGUAGAGUUAAAGAAAAGAGUCAAAUGUUGGAUUGUGUGAUCAGCUGUGCUUUGAUAAGAACUCCUCGACUAGGGGCAGCCGGACAGGGAGAGACUUUAUUCUCAUUUUGAAGACUUGAAUUUAAUAGUCAGGUUGUUAAAUUUAAUUUGUUGAAGUAAA